AUGUUUUCGGUGGUUAAAAGAUUCUCAAUUUUCAAUAGAAACACUUUAUCAUUAUUUUCUCAACGCGUAUCUUUUGUUGGAAUUCGUUCUUUUUCAGACGAUAGUACGAUUUAUAAUGAAGAAUUAGUGCAAAAAGAAGAGAUUACACAAAAAGAUAAACAAAAAGAUGUAAUAACUCCAGCAUUAUACGCUUUUGCAGCGCGUAUGCAUCUUGAUUUUUCUGACCCAAAAAUAUUAUUACAAAUCGUCACGCACGAAAGUUUUACAGACACUAAUUUACCAUCAAACAAAAGUUUUAAAGACUUAGGGAAUUCCGCGAUACUGUUGUAUCUUACAGAAUAUUUUCACAUGAAGUACCCACUAUUACAUACAGAUUAUUUAAAAGAUGUGUUGGAAGUUUAUAGUGGGAGAAGUACGUUAGCAGCACUUGGUUACGAGAUUGGAUUAAAUCAUGUUGUGAGGUGGAACAAGUCGAUAGAAGUAUUUAGCACCACUGAAAAUGAAGGAAAAUCGGAAUCUACGAAUAAAAAUGAAUCCCCAACUGCGUAUAAAUCACGGAAAAUUACUAUUACGAUAGGUCGUGCUGUGAUAAAUGCCGUAAAAGCUAUUGUUGGCGCAUUGUAUUUGGACAAGGGGCCAAAUUCUGCAAAAACAUUUGUUCACGAUAACUUAUUAUCAAGAGAAUUUGACAUUCAAACAUUAUAUGAUAUUAAAGAACCGAAGAGACAUUUAACUGCGUUGAUGAAGCGUUUAGAACGGGAACAUCCUAUAUCUAGGCAUUUAUAUAUUCCUUAUAUUGUUAUAGCCGGUCGUAAAACAAAAGAACCUAUUUUCGUUAUCGGUGCAUAUUCAGGCACCGAAAAAUUAGCUGAGGGUUUUGGAAAAAUUAAAGAUUUUACGUUACCAUCAACUAUUGACACACAUCAAAAACAAACGAGUUAUAUACCUACAAAAGUUGGUGAUACGCCAGCAAAAAUCUAA